ACAUCUUCAUUUUCUUUGUUUUUAUGGGUGUUGACAUGCUUUUAUACUCUCUAGUAUGAUGCGUAAAUGAGGAUAUAGUUGAAUUUUGUGCAAUAAAUGGACUAAUAAUGAAAAACAAGUGGACAUUAAAUUUAGGUUAGUUUAUCGUUACAAUAAAAAUUGAAAAAACUUAAUUGAUACCCCAUCUAGUACAGCUAUUAAGUACGUAUAAGCAUAUAUGUGUAGCCUUAAUUUAUAAUUUAUAGAUUCAUGACUUUCUGAAUGGUAAUGAUCAUUAUACUUAUAUAUAUACACAUAUAAGAGAUACAACGAUAAUAUUAGUUUGGGGGACUCUCUUACCAAAAACAAACUAAUUAUGAAGAUGUUAAGAGUACAUUCCUUCUUUGUUGCGUAUUUUUGUGGUAUUCUAGCCUUAACAACUCUAGUUCAUGCUCAAACUCAAUCAGGGUUCAUCAGUAUAGACUGUGGAAUACCAGAAAGUUCAACCUACAUAGACAAAACAACAAGCUUAACAUACAUGUCAGACUCUGAUUUCAUUGAAAACAACAUAGGCGAAAGUAAAACAAUUCAACUUGAAUACCAUUCCGAUACUCUUGAUCAACAAUUUUCAAAUCUAAGAAGUUUCCCACAAGGAGACAGAAAUUGCUACACCCUAAAGCCAGCAGAUGGGAAAGGGAACAAGUAUUUAAUUAGGGCAAGGUUCUUGUACGGAAAUUAUGAUGGAAAAAUGGUAGCACCUGGGUUCGAUCUGUACCUUGGAGCUAACAAAUGGGGUUCUGUGAAAUUGGACAAUGCAUCCACAACUGCCACAAAAGAGAUCAUUCAUAUUCCAAAUUCAGACUAUAUAUUUGUGUGUCUUGUAAAUACUGGACAUGGCACACCUUUUAUGUCAGCUUUGGAGUUAAGGCCUUUGAUGAAUUCUACAUACGCUUCUACACCGGCAGCUGUUCUAUUUCGACGCUCAGAUGUAGGGUCCAGAAGUAAUACAUCAAUAAGGUACAAAGAUGAUGUUUAUGAUCGUAUAUGGCAGCCUUUCAAUUUUCCAAGACGAAAAGUGUUAAGCACAUCGUUGACAGUAGAUUCUAGUUCUAACAUUUACCAACCUCCAACAAGUGUAAUGGAGACUGCUAUGUCUCCAGAAAAUGUGACAAGUCCUAUGUUUUCGUUUUACUGGAGUCCUGAUGAUCCGACCGCUCAAUACUAUGUAUAUAUGCACUUUGCGGAGUUGGAAAAGCUCCAAGCAAAUGAGUCGAGACAAUUCUUUAUCAUUGAAAACAUAAUGGAGGCAUGGAAUAAUCAAAAACCAUUUAGUCCUGAGUACUUGACUGCAACCACUUUAUCGAAUGUUGCACCAGUGAGUGGCAAACAAAUUGACUACACCCUCUACCAAACUCCUAAAUCUACUCAUCAACCGAUUCUCAAUGCCUUUGAGGUUUAUAUGCUUCUAAAUUUCUCAGAACCACAAACCUACGAACAAGACGUUGGUGCAAUGUUUAAUAUCAAGUCUACGUACGAUGUUCAGAAAAACUGGCAAGGAGAUCCAUGUGCUCCGAAAACUUACAUCUGGGAUGGUCUUAAUUGCAGCUUUACUGGUCAAGAUCCAAUUAGAAUCGUUUCGUUAGACUUAUCCUCAAGUGGGUUGACUGGGGAAAUAGCUUCUUCUAUAUCAAAUCUUACUAUGAUACAAUCUAUAGAUUUAUCAAACAAUAGCUUAAGUGGAUCGGUGCCUGCAUUUCUUUCCAAACUGCAGAACUUAAAAGUUUUAGACUUGAGAGGAAACAAGUUCAUCGGUUCAGUUCCAAGCGAGCUCAUCGAAAAAUCUAUCAGUGGCUCAUUAUUGCUAAAUGUUUCGGGUAACCCAGAUCUUUGUUUCUCACAUUCGUGCCAAAAGAAGAAAAAGAAAAACUAUAUAAUUCCUAUAAUAGCAACACUAGGCUCUCUAUUAGUCCUCUUUGCUGCAUUCUUUAUCGGAUGGAAAAUCAUCAAAAGAAGAAAUAAAGGAGCAGAAGUUGGGAUAAGGCAACCCAACGAUAUUGUCCCAAAGUCAAGUAAUAACGAAAUUAAUGGAUCGGGAUUUGAGCCACAAAACCAUCAAUAUACUUACGCUGAAGUAAUGAGAAUUACCAACAACUUUGAGAAAGUUAUUGGAAAAGGAGGAUUUGGAACUGUUUAUCAUGGCUUCUUAAACAACACUCAAGUGGCAGUCAAGAUGCUCUCGGAGUCAUCAGCUCAGGGCUACAAAGAGCUUCAAGCUGAGGUAAAAAUUUUAAUGAGAGUUCACCACAGAAACUUGACUAGUCUUGUUGGAUAUUGCAUUGAGGAUGACAAACACAUGGGGCUUAUCUAUGAGUACAUGGCUAAUGGAAACUUAGGGAAACAUCUCUCAGAUAAACAAGCUUAUACAUUGACUUGGAAGGAGAGAUUGCAAAUGGCUGUGGAUGCAGCACAAGGUUUGGAGUAUCUACACUAUGGUUGCAAGCCACCAAUAGUUCAUAGAGAUGUGAAAAGCACCAAUAUAUUGUUGAAUGAAAAAUUUCAAGCCAAACUUGCUGAUUUUGGACUCUCAAGAGCUUUCAAUGUUGAAGGUGGUGGUCAUGUGUCAACAGUUGUAGCUGGCACCCCUGGAUAUCUUGACCCAGAGUAUUACAAAUCGAAUUGGUUAAGUGAGAAAAGUGAUGUUUAUGCUUUUGGAGUUGUUCUAUUAGAGAUAAUCACUAGUCGACCAGUGAUUGCAAAAAUAAGUAGCAAUGAAGUCAUCCACAUAUCUCAAUGGGUUGAGAACAUGCUUCGUGAAAAUGGAGAAAUUAAAAGCAUAGUUGAUCCCAAACUGAGAGGAAACUUCCAACUCAAUUCUGCAUGGAAAACUAUGGAAAUUGCCACAGCUUGUGUGCGUAUAAACUCAGCUGAAAGACCAACAAUGAAUCAAGUUGUGGUGGAAUUGAAGGAGUGUUUGUCACUAGAGAUUUCUCCCAAUAAGGAUGGACUUUUCUAAUUUAAUAAGUGAUUCUCUUUGGAAGAUAACUCUUAUUAUAUACGGAAACUCAUCUUAUAAUAAACUACCUCUAUCUAACAUACAAGAUAAUAAAGUUUUAGAUUUAUUAUACACCAACGAAUUAUUAUAUUUUUAUUUUCUGUGAACUUUGUAGAAAGAUGGAGCGAUCAUGGAUUAAUAACCAUUAAUUUUGGUGUACUAGCUAUUUUCUUGUAUCAAUAUUGUUAUUGAUCCAAAUUCCAAUGGGUAGACGUUUCGGUCGAUAAUAUAAUAAAAUCAUGAUGCAGAUUUGUUAUGC